AUGGCUCAGACUGCUCGCAACGACCGUCCAGGCAUCUUCGCCGACCUCGUCAACUCGAUCUUCACGCCUGGCACGAACUCUGGCCUCGUCGCCGCGAUGAACUACUCGUUCUACGCCCUCUUUGCGACGCUCUUCGGGAUGCUGGUCUUGACAAGGGGCAAUGGGCACGUCUUGGCGAUGCUGGGAUUGAGCGUGGCGCUGUGGGCGAGCAUACGGUGGUUCCUCAUCGCUAUUGCAGACGCAGAAGAGCAACAACGACGGGAGCGAGUAGAGGAGGAGCGAGAAGAGGUGUCGAAGGGCGGCGGACCUGCGGAAGUUGCUGGAGGCGACGGCAAGAAGGACCGGUAG